CCUUUUCACCGAGCUUUCAGGAAAGAUCUUCAGUCUCUUGCACACUGAGGACCCAGCAGCCACGACCAACUGCGAGCACGAGCCAAAGAUGUUUGUGUUGCUCUAUGUUACAAGUUUUGCCUUAUGUGCCAGUGGACAACCUCGGGGCGGCCAGAGCAAAGGAGAGAGCUACUCCCCGAGAUACAUCUGCAGCAUUCCUGGCUUGCCUGGACCUCCAGGACCCCCCGGAGCAAACGGUUCUCCUGGGCACCAUGGUCGCAUCGGCCUUCCGGGAAGAGACGGUAGAGACGGCAGGAAAGGAGAGAAAGGUGAAAAGGGAACUGCAGGUCUGAGAGGUAAGACGGGGCCUCUCGGUCUUGCUGGCGAGAAAGGGGACCAAGGAGAGCCUGGAAAAAAAGGACCCAUAGGACCGGAGGGACAGAAAGGAGAAGUUGGUCCAGUCGGGCCUCCUGGGCAGAAGGGAGACCGAGGAGACCAAGGCGACCCCGGGCUGCCUGGAGUGUGCAGAUGCGGGAGCAUCGUGCUCAAGUCCGCCUUUUCUGUGGGCAUCACAACCAGCUACCCAGAGGAAAGACUGCCUAUUAUAUUUAACAAGGUGCUCUUCAAUGAGGGUGAGCACUACAACCCCAUGACCGGCAAAUUCAUCUGUGCCUUCCCAGGGAUUUACUACUUCUCUUAUGACAUCACGCUGGCCAACAAGCACCUGGCCAUCGGGCUGGUACACAACGGCCAGUACAAGAUAAAGACCUUCGACGCCAACACAGGGAACCACGAUGUGGCUUCCGGG